GGGCGGAGUUUCUCCAGUGUGAGGAGCAGCUGCUGCAGGGCCACUGCUGGCUUUCAUUCAUUAUCAUACAUUCGCUUGUGUCCAUCACCUCGUGAGCAGACACGUUCGUGUUAUGUCUAAAACACAUUUCUGAUCACAUUCAUUCGUCGCUAAUGUGACGACCACCGGGUCCGGGAGAGACUGAACACCGAGACGUCUGGAGGAAUUUGAAACAGUUUGUGGUGGGAAUGUUGAUGUGAGCUGUUACUGCGGAGACUCUCCGCUCACAGAGGAGUGUUUACCGAGCACGAGAUGACCACUCCAUCACAUCCAGUCUGAAUUUGGUCGAAUCGCUGGUGCCGAGGGGGUCUGCUUUGGUUUUACCCCUGCUAACGAGGAGAUCAAAAUGGGGAACAGUUUCUCCAAUAUAUCCGCGUUUCAGUCCCUCCAUAUAGUGAUGCUUGGCUUGGAUUCCGCAGGGAAAACCACGGUCCUUUACAGACUGAAAUUCAACGAGUUUGUCAACACUGUACCCACAAUAGGAUUCAACACGGAAAAGAUCAAGCUUAGUAAUGGCACGGCCAAAGGAAUAAGCUGUCAUUUUUGGGAUGUUGGUGGGCAGGAGAAACUCCGGCCCUUGUGGAAAUCUUACAGUAGGUGCACUGAUGGCAUUAUUUAUGUGGUGGACUCAGUAGACGUGGAUCGGCUGGAGGAGGCCAAGACAGAGCUCCAUAAAGUGACCAAAUUUGCUGAAAACCAAGGAACACCGCUUUUAGUCAUAGCUAAUAAACAGGAUCUGCCGAAAUCUUUGUCUGUGGCUGACAUAGAGAAGCAGCUCGCGCUCCAGGAGCUCACGCCUGCCACUACAUACCACAUCCAACCGGCCUGUGCCAUCAUCGGUGAGGGGCUUCACGAAGGCAUGGACAAACUGUAUGAAAUGAUAGUCAAACGACGAAAAAGCCUCAAACAGAAGAAGAAGCGAUAACUCUCUUAGCCUGAACCUGCCUUUUUUCCAUUGCUGAUGGCCUGAGUCAUUGGGUUUGCCAUUACAACAUUGCACUGUUGACAUUCAUCUGAAUGGUUGGUUGUUCUCAAGCUGGAUUUAUGUUGCAUGUGAUUGUGAUGGCGCAGGUGAACCAAAAAAAUGGAAAUUAUUUGUUUAAUAUAAAAGGGCUGGUCCUGAUUAAGCUGCCAUUUAUUUGCAUAGCCUGGUCAUCAGUUUGAAGGAGUUCUCUGAAGCACUGUGAAAACUGCUGUAACAUUUCAUGGAAUGCUUGAUAUCUUAUUUUGACUCUUAUGGAAGAGAGUGAACUUCUAAGAACAUUAUCGAGAACUGUAGCUUCAAAAUCCCAGAAGGAAAUUGAGGUUUGAGGACCUUGUAAUUCACAAAAUUGC